AUCGUCAUCGACGAGCUGCUUCAGCUUCACCUUAUCUUACCUUCGCAGGUCCAACUCCUAAACCCUGCAACUAAACCCCUCGUCUAUGGCGUCAAACCCAUUCACACAAGCUAGCAUAACCCAGUGAUCAAUCCUCCUAAUGUUCAAACCCUACUUUCUCCCAUUUCCCCACAAUUAGCUUCCUCCAAAUGGAACUCUCUUCUUCCUCCUCCUUACUCUCCCCGAAACCAUGUUCACCCGCGCUUUCCAGCUAUUCCUUCUCCUCUUCAUUCUCCCCCUUCCCAAUCAAAAACCACAAUUCCAGAAACCGGAAUCCACAGAGCUUUCGCAUUCUCGCCGUAGCCUUGGAACCGCCGCAGCAGGAACUCCCCAACACCAGCCCCCAUCCUCUCCUCAAGGAGCUCGCCGAACGCAAGAAGAUAACUUCUCCUAAGAAGAAAGGUCCCACAAGAAGGUUCCUCUUGAAGCCCCCAUUAGACGACAACAAACUCGCUGACAGGUUCCUCAAGAGCCCACAAAUGUCCCUAAAAUCGUUCCCCUUGUUGAGUUCGUGCUUGCCUUCUUCGCGGCUCAACAGUGCCGACAAGGCAUGGAUUGAGGACUACUUGCUGGAAGCCAAGCAGGCUCUGGGGUACCCUCUCGAGCCCUCCGAGGCGCUGGGGGACGACAACCCUGCCAAACAGUUCGAUGAUUUGUUGUAUCUGGCAUUUCAGCAUCCGUCCUGCGAGAGGACCAAGGCGCGCCACGUGAGGUCAGGGCAUUCUAGGCUGUUCUUUAUUGGGCAGUACGUGCUGCAAUUGGUCAUGGCAGAGUUCUGCUUGCAGAGGUAUCCGAUGGAGUCGCCGGGUCCGAUGAGGGAGAGAGUGUUUGGUUUGAUUGGGAAGAGGAACUUGCCUCGGUGGAUCAAGGCUGCAAGCUUGCAGAAUUUGGUUUUUCCCUAUGAUGAUAUUGAUCGGAUGUUGAGGAAGGAUAGGGAGGGACCUGUAAAGUCAGUAUUUGGAGCUUUGUUUGGUGCAAUCUAUCUUUGUCAUGGUAUUCCAGAAGUAUAUCGUGUUCUUUUUGAAGUAUUUGGAAUGGAUCCAGAUGCUGAAGAUUGCCAACCCAAACUGCGCAGACAACUUGAAGACAUAGAUCAUGUGUCUAACGAACUUGAAGGCAAGAUAAGCUGGCAAGAUAUUGUCUCAUAUAGACCUCCUGCAGAUGCUCUGGUUGCACAUCCAAGGCUGUUCCGAGCUUGUGUUCCUCCAGGCAUGCAUAGAUUCAGAGGAAAUUUAUGGGAUUAUGAUAGCAGACCCAAGGUUAUGAAGACACUUGGAUAUCCGUUAGAAAUGACUGAUAGUAUUCCAGAAAUUACAGAAGCCAGGAACAUAGAGCUUGGACUUGGAUUGCAGCUCUGUUUCAUGCAUCCAUCAAAGUACAAAUUUGAGCAUCCUCGAUUUUGCUUUGAGAGAUUAGAAUACAUCGGCCAAAAGAUACAGGAUUUGGUGAUGGCCGAAAGAUUGUUGAUGAAGCAUUUAGACGCUCCAGGAUUAUGGCUUCAAGAGAGGCACCGACGCCUUCUUCUGAACAAGUAUUGUGGUAGAUAUUUGAGGGAGAAACAUCUUCAUGGUUUUGCUAUAUAUGCUGACGAUAAACAAGACUCUUUCGAGCGCAACCGGAGGAACAGAAACCCUGCCACAGCAUCUAUUCAACAAGCGAUUCACGGGCUUUCAUAUCUUGUUUAUGGGAAACGCGAUGUGAGACGUCUAAUGUUUGAGGUUUUUGACUUUGAGCAGGUUCAGCCUAAAGAAGUCUAAAUUGGAGAAACAAGAGUGACAUAGCUGUAUAAGCAUUGCAUAAGCACUGCUAUUUUUCUGAUAUCAUUCAAUUCCCUUUCGGUAUAUUUCUUUUACAUUUUUUUUCCUUCUCUUCAUUUAGGCUUUCCAUAUCACGAUUCGAUCCAUUCACUUGUAGUUGAUUUGUAAGUUCUUAUUUGGAAGAUGCUCAUGUAAAUAAUUGUAUUUUAUUAGUUCAUGGAGAUGAUGAUACAGACUGACCAAUUGUACUAACACUCCAUGGCUCUGACAAUGAGGCAUAUCCAUGAUGACGAAAUCGUAAUUUUGGUUGCUAUA